GCCCCAGCCCUUCCUUCGCCGCCCCGCUUCCCAGCCCCGACCGGGUCCCGGCUUUGCCUGCGGCUCGCUCCUCGGCCUCACUUAGAUUUGCCUGGCCGCAGGGUGUAUGUCUCAGGGUCAUUUCCAUUCUUCCAGCUCACUUGCACUGGGAAUUGUAGGUGACUGGUUUUACUGACUGGUCGUUUCUGUCGAACCCGGGGAACUGAGCAAGACAUUCUCUGAUCUUUAGUUUCCCCAUCUGUACAUUGGGGUUAAUGAUAACUAUCCUAAAAAAUAAUUUUUUUAAGUUUAAUUUUGAGGAUCGAACGAAGGUACUUUGCAAACUGUAAAUUAAAGUGGCAUACGAAUGUGAAGUGUUGUCAAAACUUCCUCUCACGUGUAUAGCUCUCCAAGGUCGGGGUGGAGAGGAGGGGCGUAUCUUCAAAAUUCCCACGUCAGUGGCAACUCCGUGUCUUUGCCGUUAUCUUUUAAGUUCAGGUAUGAACACUUAAUUGGAGAUUUUUCUGGAAGAUCAGUGGGUUCGUCGUUGCUUUCUUCAUCAGUGUUUAUGCACGGGAGAUACCUUUUCGAUACAUUCUGAGCCACUGUUUCUUAACUUGGGUUGGCGGGAGGCAAGGACUCCUUUGAAAAUCUGAUGGAAACAUGAUCCCACCCUUCCCCUACCCCCUAUUGCAUAUAUACAGAUCCUUUGGAGAGAUUCGUGGAUUACUGACUCCCAAGUGUAGAGCAUAACACUGACCUGAAAUCCUGUAGUAGUGACUACUUCCAAAAACUAACCAUCAUUUGGAUGUGAUUCCUAAAGUCUUAAACUUGACUUUGGAUGAUGAUGAUUCAUCCAUAAGUGAUCCAUCUGCAGUUCUGGGGUGUGUUCCAAGCUAGCAUACUUUUAAGGCUGAAAGAUGGAGGAGAGGGGUGGUUGCAAGAAAAAAUCUUGAAGUGUUUUUUAUCUUAACGCAACAUUAAUGUAUGAUUUUAGGGUUACCGUUAGUAUCUUUUUUCUUAUUUGUACUCAUGAAAAAGAGAUGAGCAUUGCUAUUUCUGUUUUAUAAUUAAAGAAACUAAGACAGUACAUUUAAAUCACUUGACACUUCAAUUAGAAGUAAAUCUUGGGCUAGAACAGAGUUUCACAUUUCCUCGCCCAUGCCUUUCUAGCAUGUUGAUCUUGAUUAUUGAGGUUGGUUUUAUGUUAAAUUUGAUUACACUUCCCAAAAUUGGCAUAGCAUUAUUUAUAUCACCAAAUGUUUAUUAGGUUUGUGAAUUUACAAAGGGUUGAUUAGAAGCAGCCCUUUCCCUCCAGAAGGUUAUAUAUCAGUGGGAAGACAAGUUAGCCCUGUAAGUAAGAAAAGAGCAUUUAAGUUGUAUGUGUAUAUAAAUGAGAAAGGAUGCACAAAUAUCAUAUCAGUGUAUGAGUUCUGAAAAUGAAGGAAUGGAUUGCACUGGAUAAAUGCACAGUAGAAGGUUUAAUCAGGAUAUCCCCCUAAAAGGCCUGGCAGAAUCAUUUUAAAGGAGAGGGAGAGUGAUUUAGGUGGGGAUGCUCCUGGGCUGGAGAGCAGUAUCAGUAAAGAAUUUGAGUGUUAUAAAAGGGAGUGAAUAUUGGGAGCUGCAGAUAAAUUGUCAUGGAUAAAGGAAAAUACAUGACGUGUAAAAGUUGUAGGAGACACAGUUCCAAAAUAGGGCAGGUAAGGGAAGUGAAUUCUAAGCCCUCAGGCAUGACUUAUUCUAUCUAGAAAGCAUAAAUAGAAAUCACUCUAGAGAAAUCUAAAUUUAUACAAGUAGAGGUAAGUUUAAUAUUUCCAUUUUACAAGAAACUAUGGUCAACUCUAAGUAACUACUCUCUCCAGUUCUCCAUUUCUCCAGUAUUCUCACCCUACUACAGUGUUUAUCAUGACUAGUAGCAGUUUGUCAUGAUGUCCUUCAACAGAAAUCUUUGAGAUGUACCCCUAGCUCAUAUUUUUACCUGGAAUUGACAUCAUGCAAAUUAAGAUGACUCAUUGGUUGUGUGGAAGGAAGUUGAUUUGACCCGACUGUCAGAGAAGGAACGUCGUGAUGCCUUGAAUGAGAUUGUUAUUCUGGCGUUGCUGCAGCAUGACAAUAUUAUUGCCUACUACAAUCACUUCAUGGACAAUACCACUCUGCUGAUUGAGCUGGAAUAUUGUAAUGGAGGGAACCUGUAUGACAAAAUCCUUCGUCAAAAGGACAAGUUGUUUGAGGAAGAGAUGGUGUUGUGGUACCUAUUUCAGAUUGUUUCAGCAGUGAGCUGUAUCCAUAAAGCUGGAAUCCUUCAUAGAGAUAUAAAGACAUUAAACAUUUUUCUGACUAAGGCAAACCUAAUAAAACUUGGAGAUUAUGGCCUAGCCAAGAAACUUAAUUCUGAGUAUUCCAUGGCUGAGACGCUUGUGGGAACUCCGUAUUACAUGUCUCCAGAGCUCUGCCAAGGAGUAAAAUACAAUUUCAAGUCUGAUAUCUGGGCAGUAGGCUGUGUCAUUUUUGAACUGCUUACAUUAAAGAGAACAUUUGAUGCUACAAAUCCACUCAACUUGUGUGUGAAGAUUGUACAAGGAAUCCGGGCCAUGGAAGUUGAUUCUAGCCAGUACUCUUUGGAACUGAUUCAGAUGGUGCAUGCGUGCCUUGACCAGGAUCCUGAGCAGAGACCCACAGCAGAUGAACUUCUGGAUCGCCCUCUUCUCAGGAAACGCAGGAGAGAGAUGGAGGAAAAAGUCACACUGCUUAAUGCACCUACAAAAAGACCAAGGUCAAGCACUGUGACUGAAGCACCCAUUGCUGUGGUAACGUCACGAACCAGUGAAGUCUAUGUUUGGGGUGGUGGAAAAUCCACUCCCCAGAAACUGGAUGUCAUCAAGAGUGGCUGUAGUGCCCGGCAGGUGUGUGCAGGGAAUACCCACUUUGCUGUGGUCACAGUGGAGAAGGAACUAUACACCUGGGUGAAUAUGCAAGGGGGUACUAAACUCCAUGGUCAGCUGGGCCAUGGAGACAAAGCCUCCUACCGACAGCCAAAGCAUGUGGAAAAGUUGCAAGGCAAAGCUAUCCGUCAGGUGUCUUGUGGUGAUGAUUUCACUGUCUGUGUGACAGAUGAAGGUCAGCUCUACGCCUUUGGAUCUGAUUAUUAUGGUUGCAUGGGGGUAGACAAGGUUGCUGGGCCCGAAGUGCUAGAACCCAUGCAGCUGAACUUCUUCCUGAACAAUCCAGUGGAGCAGGUCUCCUGUGGAGAUAAUCAUGUGGUGGUUUUGACACGAAACAAAGAAGUCUAUUCUUGGGGCUGUGGCGAAUAUGGACGACUGGGUUUGGAUUCAGAAGAGGAUUAUUAUACACCACAAAAGGUGGAUGUUCCCAAGGCCUUGAUUAUUGUUGCAGUUCAGUGUGGCUGUGAUGGGACAUUUCUGCUGACCCAGUCAGGCAAAGUGCUGGCCUGUGGACUCAAUGAGUUCAACAAGCUGGGUCUGAAUCAGUGCAUGUCUGGAAUCAUCAACCAUGAAGCGUACCAUGAAGUUCCCUACACAACCUCCUUUACCUUGGCCAAACAGCUGUCCUUUUAUAAGAUCCGUACAAUUGCCCCUGGCAAGACUCACACAGCUGCUAUUGAUGAGCGAGGCCGGCUGCUGACCUUUGGCUGCAACAAGUGUGGACAGCUGGGUGUUGGGAAUUACAAGAAGCGUCUGGGAAUCAACCUGUUGGGAGGACCCCUGGGUGGGAAGCAAGUGAUCAGGGUCUCCUGCGGUGACGAGUUUACUAUUGCUGCCACUGAUGAUAAUCACAUUUUUGCCUGGGGCAAUGGUGGUAAUGGUCGCCUGGCAAUGACCCCCACGGAAAGACCACAUGGCUCUGAUAUCUGCACCUCAUGGCCUCGGCCUAUUUUUGGAUCUCUGCAUCACGUCCCAGACCUUUCUUGCCGUGGCUGGCACACCAUUCUCAUCGUUGAGAAAGUAUUGAAUUCUAAGACCAUCCGGUCCAACAGCAGCGGCUUAUCGAUCAGAACUGUAGUUCAGAGCUCUAGCCCAGGAGGCGGCGGCGGUGGGGGAGAAGAGGAGGACAGUCAGCAGGAAUCUGAAACUCCUGAUCCGAGUGGAGGCUUCCGAGGAACAAUGGAAGCAGACCGAGGAAUGGAAGGUUUAGUCAGUCCCACGGAGGCCAUGGGGAUCAGUAGUGGGGCCAGCAGCUCCUGCCCUGGCUGGCUUCGAAAGGAGCUGGAAAAUGCAGAAUUCAUCCCCAUGCCUGACAGCCCAUCUCCCCUAAGUGCAGCUUUUUCAGAAUCUGAGAAAGAUACCCUGCCCUAUGAAGAGCUACAAGGACUCAAAGUGGCCUCUGAAGCUCCUUCAGAACACAAGCCCCCAGCAGGAGCCUGGCCACCUCAGCUGAAUCCUGCAGCGACAUGCGCUGGGAAGACAGCACCAUUACCUCCUACCUGUGCCUGCAGCACUCUGCAGGGGGAGGUUGAGAGAUUGCAGGGGCUGGUGUUAAAGUGUCUGGCUGAGCAACAGAAGCUACAGCAAGAAAACCUCCAGAUUUUCACCCAACUACAGAAGCUGAACAAGAAAUUAGAAGGAGGGCAGCAGGUGGGGAUGCAUUCCAAAGGAACUCAGACCGCAAAGGAAGAGAUGGAAAUGGAUCCAAAGCCUGACUUAGAUUCAGAUUCCUGGUGCCUUCUGGGAACAGACUCCUGUCGACCCAGCCUCUAGUCUCCUGAGCCUGUAUGGCCUCCAGGAAACUGGGAUCCAAAGAACUUCACAGCACACUCACUGAAUGCAGAGCGCGCUUUCCUGGCUUUGUUCACUUGCAGACAAGGAGUGCAAGGCGGAGGCUCUGAAGCACUUUCCGCGUACACUUGGAGAGUGGCAUUGCCGAUUAGAUAGGAUCUAGGAGUGGUUUUGUUUUGGAGAAUGGAGGGGCCCCAUGGCCCUGGCUUUGUCCUCAGUGGCUGCCAUAGCAACAGCAGCUCUGUACCUCAUCUGGUGAUCCCACCUUCGAAGAGGAGACACAAUGCUCACCUUAAUUUUGCUGGUAGCAGCUUAUAUCCCAUUUAUCAUUUCACCAGUACUUGGAAGCUGCCUUGGGAGUUCAGCACCAGGCAUUGCACCUCUGGGUGGAGGAGGGAAAAGUGUGAAACUCGAGUGGGCUGGAACCAAGUGGGGCCCACGCAGGCUCAUCUGGAGGGUGGUGAAGUGGUCAAGCCCUCUCCGGAGCCCUGAGUCUGGGAAAAAACGUUUGCUGGAGUCAAUCUCGGGCUUGUUUUCAGAAAGUUCAGUUACUUAGCGCAGCUAAAUGCUUUAGGAGGAAAAGUGGGCUUAGACUGCUUUUCCUCUGAGGGUCGAUUAAAAUGUCUUCAGUGACGAAGAGAGAAAGAACGUUAGGGUCCUUCCUCGUCACACAGCUGGGGUUGCCAUCUGUGGCCGAUGCAGGUAGGAUUCCCUGAUUCUGGAAGGUACCUCUAAAAGGUGAGGUGUCUCUUAGAAAAUUGAGUCAGUGGGGCAACAGGAAUGGCCUUAAGAGAAAACCAUGAGGGAGAGAGGUCCUCCGUUAGCUGCCUCUACUUGGUAUCUUUAGGAAGGUCUAGAGUGCCUCUGCCUUCGUGGCUCUUCAGGUCUUACCCACUCCCUUUCUGUAUAUCUAGUCAGUAUUAGUCUCUUUUUGGUGUUUUAUGAAGCCGUAUCAGUGAAUCUGUAUCAUCUUUCCUAUUUGAGUGGCCCAAAGCCAGCACCAAAACCUGGUAGUCCCUGAAGCCUAACAGAACAGGCGGAAGCUGCCAAGUGAAAGGAAUUUGGCUGAGAGCUCCGUUCCAAUCCCGUAGUCAUUCUGUCCUUAUAGUCAAGGAGCAAGCUAGCUUUCCCAAAGAGAGAGUGUCCUCAAAGCUCUUGAUGGUUUUCACUGAAGGAUGUGAGUUUUGUGUUUUCACCUAGGCUUACAGAAUGUUCCUUUAGUAUUUGUGGGUCAUAGGACUUGCCUUGAUGAGCCUCCCAUCCUCCCUCCUUAGAAUCCGCUAAAUUAAUUUUUGUUUCAUUUUCCCCAAACCAAAAAAUGAAUGUUUGAUAUCUCUUCAGUAUUUUGGAAGGACCUGUGCAAUGGAAAUUUUGCCGUUUCCCUAAAACUGAUGGGAUAAAGGCUGAUGCUUGGGGAAAACCCCAUGGCUGGGGAUGGGCAACUCUGUUCAAUGGGAUCUUCUUUGGUUUGAUGUUCCCAUUGUUUUCUCAGUUCUGGGAAGCCUAGUACAAUGGUACUAACGUAAUCACUAAAGCCUUUUCUUAAAAUAAGGGAAGGGGCCAACCCCAGAUUAAAGUUACAAGUUCUGGGGACUUUGGGGUUUGCUGUAAAUCCCAACAGUGGGUUUUGGUUCAUCAUGUAAAUGCACCUUUGAUUUUUUUUUAAGGACUGACUGGCUUUUCACGUUCCUGUAUCCCUCAUACUCACCAUCUCAGCAGGCCUGAGAGGCAGGCUCAGUUUGGGUGUUAAUCCUGAGUAUUGCUUCUGCUGUGAAAUUGAGGAACAGGGGCCCGUUGCUGAGACGGGAAUGGAAGGGAGCACGGAAGGGAGGGAAGAGCCCUGCUCCUGUUCCCAGGGAGCCGUUCUCUAGCCGGGGAACACUGCUCAUUUUCUCCAGCAUGUUCCCUCAGAAAGUCUCGUUUGCUGUUGAUCUGGCUGAGAAUCUAAGUUCUGUGCCUUAGAGACAAUUUGCACUUUCCCCAAUUGUGCCUGGGACAGCCACAUGACUUCUCCCACCAAACAGCUAUGCAAACAGAAACCAGUUCAAAGGUGGCGGUCGUGCAUUAGAUAAAAACGGAAAGGUUAGGCAGCAGAGAUGCCUUUGAAUGGUUUUCUGUAGCUAAUUCUCUUGAAGUUUGUCCUGCUUUGCUUCUUUCUGCAGCGCGAGGUGUUUUCAGUUUCCCAGUAGUAUUGCUUUUGAGUUAUCGUAUAACCUGAGUUACUCCUCCGCUCUGACAUUGUUGCUGAAGAACUAGCUCGUUGUUAGCCAGAUGUUUGAAAGGUUGAGGGUGGAGUGGUUUGGCAUUUCUGUUUUAAAUAAACAUUUAAACUGUCAAUCCGUGCUAUGCCUGCACAUGGACCUUAGUCACUGGGGAUGAAACACCCAGAUACUAGGCUUUCGUGAAUCUUUGAUUCAGUGAGUCUUUCUCUAAAUAAAUAAAAGACCUUGUAACUGAAACAACACAAGGCACAUUUGCACACAUAAUCUUUGCUUCCUUUCCAGUUUCUUUUUCUUGCUAACAGAAUCAUCUCUGCUGCUACAACUUUUUUCCCCCAAACUUGUCAAAUACAGUGCUUAAGAUGCAGAGGGAGGGGGAAAAAUGAACCACUGGAAGAGGAAGGAGCACUUCUUGUACUAACCUCCUCAGUCACAGUGGGCUUUUUCAAGUGAUUAUGUGUGUCUAUGUUUACAAAACCGUUUUCCCUCUAAGAGGGUGAACACUCUUUGGUCUCCCUGGCAUAGCACAGCCAAGUUACCCCUUCUCUUGGCUGAUAAUUUCACUGAAGUUUAAAGUUAAAAGCAGCCUUAAACUCACAUUUCAUUUGACUUGCUAUAUAUUUGGAAACAUUCAUAACAGAAAGAACAGCUCUGGAGCAAGGAUGUAUUAUAAAUAAAUUCUUUCAAAUGAGUAUCCCUGGGCCUCCAAAGAAGUAUUACUCAUUAAAGUCCUGCAGACUGGGCUGUAGUCAGGACCACAAAACAUGUUCCUUCCUGCCACAAAGCCAAAAAUCAUUUAUUACUUCAAUGAUUAACUAUGGAAAUAAACAUGCUGAUCACCAAACCUCACAGAAUCAGGAACAUGAGAGAGAAAAACACUAUAUCACAUCUCUGCUUCCUCCUUUGUAGUUGUGAAGAAUGAUAAAUUAAUGACCAAAAGCAAAUGUUGGCCAAAAUGUACCAUGCGGCCUUAAAUACACUGCUGUUAAAAAGUACUAUUUCAGCACGUCUGCAUAUACUUUCAUAUGACAUGAGUUUCACCAUGAGAUAUUUUCCCCAUUGCUUAACCUUUUAAACUUUAAAAAUUUAUAACGUUUGCUUGUGCUGAAGCUUCUUGGAUAAAGACGCAUCACCCACGGACAGGACCAAGCAGCCUUACCCACUGUCCUCCUCCACUGUCCAGGAAAGGACUUAGAGAGAAAAAGGGUUCUGACCUCUUCCCAAAGAGCAGAUCCAGCUAAAUUUAAAAGACUUCCUAGUCGCCCUGACCUAAUCAAGGCCUAUGCGUGUUGAGAUUGGAGGGAACAAACACUGAGGCACUACUGCGUCA